CCUGGCUUCAACAUUUUGUGCACAACCUACGAACAAGCCUUCUCAACAAAAAUCAAACCUACAAUCACUGCCUAGAGUCAUUCAUCCUCUCUCCCCCUCAUCGGUACAAUGGAACAUGGGUGGAAUCACAUCUCGCUCUUCAUCUCCUCCCUCAUCCUCACCAACGCAGCCUCGGUCCACAGCGCCAACACCCGUCGCCAACUAGUAGCCGCCAUCGAACCCAACACCGUCCUCAUCGAGCACCACGAUCAGGGCCAACUUGCCCCAGCGUUGCCCUUCCUCGAACCAUUUACAGCCACAACAACCACAACAGCUCCAGCAACAACAGCAACAGAAACAAACAAAAUGGAAGCAGUAUACCUUUCCCCCUCCCCCUUCCCCCCGGAAGCAUCCUGCAUGAUGGCCAUCUGGUCUCUCAUAGUCGACAUCCCCACCCCCGGCCCUGCUCUUUCCGCCGCCCUCCACCAAGCCAAAGACACCCUCGCCCCUUCGGCCGUGGCAAGCCCUCAAUGCACCAUCACGCUUCCCGCCACGUUGUCGAGCGAGUACGGGGUGUAUACGUCCAGAGUGAGUAGCUGGGUGAGCAAACACAGCGAGGAGCUGGAUACGUUGGAUAGUGUUUGUGCGGAGACGUCGCGAGAUAGGGGAACGGGGCCGGGGUGUACGGCGCCGGUUGCGGUUUUUACUGGUGAAACUUUUGUUGGUGCUAGUUCUACUGGUGCUAGUUCUAUUGGUACUAUUUCUACUGGUACUAUUUCUACUGGUACUACUUCUACUGGUACUACUUCUACUGGUACUAGUACGAGUGCUGGUAGCGAAAGUGGAGGUGGAAGUAGCACUGCGAAGGCUACGGGGUCUAGUACUGGGGUGAUGACAUCAACGAAGACGGGGACAGGAAUGCCGGCGACGACGACGAUGGCUACUGUUCCCAGUUCGGUCACGAGUUCGCUCACCGGGUCGGCGACGACUGUUGCGGGGGUGACGAGCUCGCAGUCUGUGUCGGGGCCGCAACAAGCGGGUAGUGCGGCGAGGGUGACGGGUGUGAUGGUUGCUGUAAUGGUGGUGGCUGCAAUUUUGGCGGUUGUUGUUGCGCUGUGAAGAAACGAGACAGGAAUUUAUGACCAUGGAUUGGGGAAAGAAGACCACUGGAGAGUACGGCAUCCUGUUGUAUUAUUGGGCCAUACAUGGCGAGAAUAGUAAUUAAAUUGUUAGGUUUUCCUUAUAUAUAUACAAACUCUUUACGAC